GACAGGCGGCCGCCGGAUUCAAAUCGGGUCGAGCGAGCCCGAUCACUCAAUCUGGGCCUAACCUGGUUCACUGGAUGUCGUUCGAUCGAACCAGAUCAACUAAUCUAACCCCCUUCCCCGCUCACGCACGCGACGAGACGACCCCUGGAAACCUAAUCGGCGAACCGCCGCGGCGGCAGCAGCAGCAGCGUCUUCCUCUCCAUUGAGCCGUCUUCCUCCAGCGGGCUCGUCGUCGUGAUCGACUUUAUCAGAUCCGAGACCGAACCGUUUACGGCCCAUAGAACGCGCUCUGUCUCGGGUGAGGCCGUGCAUUCCAGAAAGCUCUCGUCGAAGUCGGAUGAAGAGCGAGCGCGAAGUGGGGGUGUUGCAAUCCUAAUUCGUAGCAGCGUGCAGAAUUUUUUCUUUGAUCGAAGAUGGAUGAGGUGGUCAUAACAGAAUCUAAUCCUUCCAGUUCUGGGUCUGAUACGAGGAUUAUAUGCCGUGUUUGCCAGAAGCAAUUUUCUCAGUAUACUUGUCCUCGGUGCAAUUCUCGCUACUGCUCUCUUCAAUGUUACAAGAGGCACAAUCUUCGCUGCACAGAAUCUUUCACGCGUGAGAAUGUUAUGGAGGAGUUGAAACAGGUGCAACCAGAUGAGGAAACAAAGAGGAAAAUGUUGGACAUACUCAAGCGGUUCCACUCUGAGGAAGAGAUGAGCUCUGAUGAUGAAGAGGAAUCCACGCUAUCAGAGGAGAUCAUUCAGAAAGUUUUAUCUGGUCAAGAAGUCAUACUUGAAGAUUUAUCUCCCGAGGAACUGAAACAAUUUAGGAGAGUUAUAGCAUCCGGAGAGCUUAGCAAACUUAUUGAGCCAUGGACCCCUUGGUGGAGACAGCCUUCUGCAAGAUCUAUAUCGCUUAGCCCUGAGGGAUGCCAGCUUGUUAAGCCAGUUGAGCUGGCAAAUGGUCCUGAAGAUAACAUUGCUGAGAAUCCAGUCGGCCCAGAAAGUCCGCUGCCACCACUAAGGCAGUUGAUACGCGGGGACCCUUCUCCUUUUCUAGCAGUUCAUGUGGUUGAUGUUCUGUACAGUUACUGCUUUACUCUUCGCCUUUACAAUGGGGACUGGCAUUCUGAUCCCUUGGGUUCUGCUACUGUGGCAUUGGGCAUGUCGAAAGUCAUGGGUGAUCUUGGGCGACCUGAGACUGUGGCAGAGGCACUUGCAGCAUGCUUGGAGGAAACAUGCUCGCCGGUCUAUAGACACACCGGAGGUUUCAGUUUUGGGAUUGGACUUGUUGAUGAUGUUGUUUGUCUCCUUUCUUUGGGGACUAAUGCUCUAGUCUGCUUGCUGUGUGAUCUGCAAAGGCUUAUUCAAGCAGGUGAAAGAAUACUCAAGUCUGAGAAAAUUGGCAAGACAGAAAGAAUAGAUACAAUCAGAAAGCUAAAGUCUGCUGACAGGAAGGUGUCUUUCUUGAUGUGCUGGGUUCAUGAACAGCCAGCAGAGGUUUGGUCAACGGUAGAAAAUUUUGUUGAAUUGGAGAAAACUUCUCUUGCACAAUUGGAUCAUGGAAGUAAAAAUUUCAAAGAUGAAAGGAAAGGGAAGCAAGGAUCAAAAGUUCUCAUUCAGGAGGUUUAGAGCAUCCUCAAUGUAAAGAAGCUUUCAACAAUUUAGUGCUUCAUUAGCUGACUUGCCAUUGCUUUUGCACAAUCAUUUCACCAGUCAAAGGAGGGAGUUCAUAACUAUAAAUUACAUGUUUUAUGCUUGAGAUCGUGCAUUCCUGAUUCACCAGCAACGUGUUCAGGUAGGGUUACAAGGAUCUGUAAACUGAGUAAUCUAUGUCAUUCUCAUGCAGUUGUUUAUCGUGA